ACCGACAUAAGUAUUAGAUAAACGAGAGCGAGCAAUCAAUUUAUUCCCGCCACUUCCAGAGUUCGAUUUCGUCAGACCUGGAAAAGCAUUUCCGAGCAUCCCUUCCACAGUCAGCAAUGGAGGCGAGCGAGAGGAAGAAGAAUCGAUGGAGCGUCACUUACACGAAGCACGUCAAGCAGAAGAGGAAAGUUUAUCAAGACGGUUUCUUAGAUCACUUCAUCAUCACCAACAAGGUCAUGCUGUUCGACGAGUUCGAGAAGCUACUGGAAUGCAGGGUGCUGAAGGACGAAGAAGUCGUUAGCUCCGGCGAGUCGCUGACUUUCAAUUCAUAUCUCGUCGACGUUGGUGAUCCGGAAGGUCAUCGUAUGCCGGUGCCGGAGAGAGAUAAGAAGAUGCCGCAGCGUGGGCCUAGUGUCGCGACUCGGCAGAAAUUCAGAUCUCCGUCUAUCAAUUAUGGUAGAGAGAAUAUUGUUGAGAAGAACAAAAUCCUUAGGAAUGACUUAAGUCCAUCGCAGAAGAUUAUUAGAGAGUUCAAGAAGAAUGAGCUGCAGAAGUAUGAGGCACCAAAGAGUGGUAAAGAUACGGAUAAACUUGGCGCUGCAGAGUGGCAGGUCUUGUAUACUACUCAAGUGACUAAAAAGGCCAAGACGUACCAUGAUGGCUUCUUGCGGGUUGCUAACUGUGGAUCCUUUCAGAAGCAGGUUAUGCUGUACGACGUGAGCAUGAAUUUGUUGACUAGCAGAUUCCUAAAGAAAGAUGAAGCAGUAGCAUCAGGUAGAUCCAUCUCAAUGGAUGGUCACCUAAUUGAAAUUGGAGAGGCUGAGGACGAUCGUUCGCAUUCAGUGGAUAUACAUGACGGACAAGGGGACGGCUCUGUUAAUGGGAAGAUCAAAGUGAUGCCUGGACGACAGAGUUGUUCUAAAAGCAGCCCCAUUGUCAUAGAAGAUGUUGAAGCAAGUGAUGCACGAAAGUCUGAACAGGCUUCGGCUGGUGGAAAUAUAACAACUAGUACUAUAACAGAGUGGCAGGUCAUGUACACUUCACAAAUGACUCAGAAGGCCAAAAAGUACCAUGAUGGCUUUCUGAAACUUGAAAAUCAUGGAACCCGUGGGCGGCAGGUCAAGCUGUAUGAUGUAAGCUGGAACAUUCUCAUUAGUAGGCAGGUCAAGAAAGAUGAAAGAAUAUGCUCUGGAGAAUCAAUAGCAUUUGGUGGCUAUUUGGUUGAUAUCGGAGAGCUUGAAGGAGACAAUCAAGUACUACCAAGCUUAAAUAAGGAAAAUUGUCCCAAAGAAUUUCGCAAGCCAGAUAGACUAAAUCAUGCUUCACUUGGAUCCUGGAAAUCUACUCUAAAAGAGGAAUUACAUGUUAAUGAUCUGCCAAGACAAUUUUGCAGCCGUCCUAAAUUAGAGAGGACCAAGUUUGCUGAGAUUGUUCCUGCAAAACAACCUCUACGUGAUGCUUGGCAGAUCUUGUCUGUUCUUAAGAAACCGCCCCAGAAAAGUGCAGAUGCAGAAUGCAUCAACCACAGCCAAAUUGGUCGGGCUUCCUCCAUUGAGGUGCUUCAAGCUUCAGCUGGAGACUCCGUGUUAUUCCCAGUUCUUGGAACUAGUGAAAAUAUGGCAAGCAAGGAUUUAAACAUGAGAAAUCAUUUUGAUGUCAGAGAAGAAAAUACCAGCAGAUAUAGUCGGAUACCUGGUGGCGCUGAAGCUGUCCAUAGUAGCCAGCAUAAUCUAGACAAUAUGGAAACAAGUACCAAAUCUCGGGGCGAAGGUUUGGGGUUCACAUACUACAAGUUCUGCAACAACCUUCACCAGAGAUGGCCCAAGGAGUGGAAGCAGUAGUUCUGAGCAGCACAAUAGAAGCAUUGAGGAGUUGCCUAGUUUUGAUCUCGGGUUUUGAGAAUUGAACUUUGGGUCUAUUAUUCUUGAUAUUAAAGUUGUAAAUUACAUUUACAUACUUGUGGCAGAAAUUUGUAGGCAUGGCCACGCCCAUAGUGGCUAGAAUUGAGACUAGAAGCUGAAGCAUUAGAAUUUAGAAGAGAUAAAUGAAAACUAUAUUAGUUGUGUCCUCUCCAAAGUCUUCCUUCUAACUUCUUGUUUUCAGAUCUCGUCUAAUUGCUUGUAGAUGGAACCAUUAUCUUUCUUGGAUCCCCGCAAGCUUACCAUGGCCCUGAACAGGCGUUUGCUUUUACUGGCCUGCCGCUCAUUCUCAUUCCUCCCACCAUCUAUUCCUCUAUGUUCCGGCCAUGUCACCAAUCUCCGUGGAGCUGAUGGAUUCCUUUGCUUCCCAUUGGCAUAGUUUGGAGAAAUUGAUCUCUUGAGAUACAGAGAUCCCGAUCGGAUAAGAGGGUACCGUUUUGGAGAGUCUACUCUUUUUUUAUUGCUACUUCUACCACUACUACUACUAGUCGGACUCCAUGAAAAUGCCAACGGUGGUUGUCUUGGAGACCCCUGUGAGUGCGUGAACUGUGAAUGCCCUUCUCUCAGAAAGGUGGAAGGGCUGCUGCCACUGGUUUUCUUUUGAACAGCAUUGGUGAAACGAUGGAAGUUGAAUUCGAGGCUGGAGCUACUUCUACUACUACGAGCUUCAUCCUCCUCCGUCGUCACGCUCUCUCCUUCCCAUUCUGCAGCCUCCUUC